AUGGUACACAUGUUUGGUGAUAAUAGAAAUAUUUUAUUUCAAGUAUUGGCUGCCUAUCGACGUUCCUAUAAAAUAUUUUAUACAAUUGUACCUAUCGUUCUUGGUUCAUUCUCGAUCAUUACUCUUGGUUUGUUCAUUGUUUUUAUUCUAAUACUGACUAAUAGUAAACCAACUUCGACAAUAGCAUGUAUUAUUGGUGCAGUUUCAACUGGUAUUUCUUUUUUUACUUCAACAAUAAUUACUAUUCGUUUACUGGUCAAACAUAAAUAUUAUUAUCAUCAAUUAAAUUUAGUUUUUAGUGACACAACAGAACCAAUUAUAUGGCGACUCGAUGGAAACGAAUGGAUCAAAUAUUUAGAAUAUAUUUUUGGACCUAAUCGUUCACCUCAAUUCGAACAAAUAUUUUCAUGUUGGUUUUGUCGUCGUAAAAAAUUUGCUCAACUCGCUACUCGAGGUUAUGGCUAUAUAAUUUUUGUUGAAAAUGCUAUUAUUAUAGAUGAAUUGUUUAUCUAUGAUUUAAAUCGAAUACCAAUCACUGGUGGUCAACUUGUUACUUUUGCUAAUCAACAACUUGUACUUCGUAUUUAUUUCCAACCAAAUAUUAUUUUUAAAAGUAAAAAUAAUAUUCAGAAUAACAUAGAUACAAUGUGUCGACAAGUGGAUCUUUUUGUACCAAAAGUAUUGCAAGAACCACAAGAACGAUUAGAGCAAAUGAUCGAAUUGAUAAGUAUAUCAUCAAGCAAUAUUCAAAAUAUUAUUUAUAAUUUUGUCAAAGUUCGUGAUUUAUUUCAAUCAUCUAAAUGA